CGAAUUUCGAUUCUCCAGGAAACUUUCGUUCAACGCUCGGGCGGAAUUCAACAGUGCAAUGUCGAAAGGAGAAGUUUCCGACUCUGAGUCGGAGAAGAACUUCUCCGAGUCCAGCUCUAAUUACUGUCUCAGUGGCGACGAAACCUCCACCCACACCUCCAGCGUCACCGAUCAGGCGAGCGACACCACUCCUAUAAGGAAUUCUACUCAGACACCGUCGGGAUACGCUCUGCCCGGGAGAACUCUGAGCUCCAGAGCCAGGACACCGCCCCGAAUUCUGUCAGGACCCCCUGUCGGAGUCCACACCCGGAAAUCCUCGGCGCCCAAACGGAUGUUCACCAACAACCGCGAGCGAUGGCGUCAGCAAAACGUGAAUGGAGCCUUCGCAGAGCUGCGUCGAUUGGUUCCAACGCACCCUGCGGACAAGAAGCUCUCCAAGAAUGAGAUACUGCGACUCGCCAUUCGCUACAUACGAUUACUGAUGAGCAUCCUGGAUUACCAGCAAGCCGUGGAUCUACCCAGCAGUGACUCGCUGAAGAAGGUAUCGGUGCUUUCCAUGCGCGUUCAGUUUCUCUGCCGGAAGUGGAUCCGGGUCUUUUUUCCCUCUCUCGAAAUCCCUAGAUUCUCGGAAAUACUUGAAAAGUCGAAGAGUUUCGGCGUCAACGUACAGAAGCCUUGA